AUGGAUUCCAAGACCGACGAAAAGGUCGCGUUUGAACAUGGUGCUGAGAUCCAGGAUGCUCAUGUAGCUGCCCAGGUUGCGCAUGAUGUUCAGAACCAGAAGCUAUCCCCAUGGACGCCUACCAUGUUUCGCCUGUACCUCGUUCUGGCAUGUGCUUACCUUUGUGGUUGCCUGAACGGGUAUGAUGGCUCUGUUAUGGGAGGCAUCAAUGGCAUGAAAGCCUACCAGCACUACUUCAACAUGUCAAUGGAUGGCUCCUCAACCGGCAUUGUCUUCGCCAUGUACAACAUUGGUUCCAUCGCAGCUGUCUUCUUCACAGCUCCCGUAAACGAUUGGUUCGGACGACGUUGGGGCAUGUUCACUGGCGCUGCAGUCGUCAUCAUCGGUACCUGUGUUCAGGCUACCUCUACCAACCGGGGUCAUUUCCUCGCCGGUCGCUUCAUCCUGGGUUUCGGUGUUAGCUUCUGCUGUGUGUCGGCGCCUUGUUACGUUAGUGAGAUGGCCCAUCCUACCUGGCGAGGCACCAUCACCGGUCUUUACAACUGUACUUGGUAUAUCGGCAGUAUCAUUGCUGGCUGGGUCGUCUACGGUUGCAGUUACCUGGGUGAAGAGAACGAAUUGGCUUGGCGGAUCCCUAUCUGGUGCCAGAUGGUAACAUCCGGUAUCGUGGUUAUCUUCGUUCUCCUUCUUCCCGAAUCUCCUCGAUGGCUCAUCGCCCAAGAUCGCGUUGAAGAUGCCGUCAAGGUCCUUGCUGCAUACCAUGGUGAAGGUGACCCCAAUCAUCCCAUGGUUAUCAUGCAAAUCAAGGAGAUGACCAGCCAAAUCGCUGCCGAUGCUACUGAUAAGUCAUGGUGGGACUACCGUGGACUCUGGAACAGCCACAGUGCACGACGUCGACUCAUUGGCGUCUUGGGUAUGGCUGUUUUUGGACAAAUCAGCGGUAACAGUCUGAGCUCUUAUUAUCUUCCCGUCAUGAUGAAAAAUGCCGGUAUUGUCGAUCAACAGAAGGUUUUGGCUCUCAACGGCAUCAACCCUGUCCUUUGUUUCUUUGGUGCCAUUCUUGGUGCCCGUAUGACCGAUGUCAUCGGUCGUCGCCCUCUCUUACUCUACUCCAUCGUCUUUUGCUCUUGCUGUUUUGCCAUCAUCACCGGAACCAGCAAACUCUCCCUCGACGAGCCCGAUAACAGCUCUGCCGCAAAUGCAACAGUCGCUAUGAUCUUCGUAUUCGGAAUUGCCUUCUCUUUCGGCUGGACUCCUCUCCAGUCCGCUUACAUUGCCGAGUGUCUUUCUACCGAUAUCCGAGCCAAGGGUACUGCUGUAGGCAACCUGGCGAGUUCUAUUGCCUCAACCAUCAUCCAGUACAGCAGCGGCCCUGCAUUCCAGAAGAUUGGUUACCACUUUUACCUGGUGUUUGUCUUCUGGGAUCUUUUUGAAGCAGUGAUCAUCUGGUUCUUCUUCCCUGAGACAAAGGACCGUACUCUGGAGGAAUUGUCUGAAGUGUUUGAGGCCCCCAACCCUGUUAAGAAGAGUCUCCAGAAGAGAGAUGCUAGCACGGUUAUGAACACCAUGAACGUGACGGGCGAUGAGAAGCUCACCGGAGAGGUCUGA